CCGAAAGUGAAAACUACUGGUACCUUCUCACAAGCAGGGACAUAAGACGACGAAGUCAAGAGAAUGUCAGCUAUCGAAUUUUAUGGUUGGCAAGUGGAUUACGACGAGGACAGGCACCUGCGGGCCGAACAAGAGCCCAAGACAGGCAACCGGUACACAAUGUACCAUGGCACCAAAGUGCAAACGGCACGUGCGAUUAUUCAAAAUGGUUUUCAGCAGUCUCGUGAUGGCAUGCUUGGCCCGGGCGUUUAUGUUAGUCGCAACCAGAAGAAAGCUGAACGCUAUCCUAUAAACUCUCCCCCGACCGAUAGAGUGGUGCUGAAGCUAAGCGUCGACUGUGGGAAGGUGAAGCGCAUUGAUACCGACAAUCAUCCGCUACAGAAGUCCUGGCAUAGUCAGGGCUAUGACACCGCUUGGGUGCCACCCAAUUGUGGCAUGAAGUCCGUGCCAAGCGGUCUUGAGGAAGAUUGCGUAUGGGACCCAAAUCGCGUUCAGGUGAUAGAUGUCGCCCUCGCUCCAAACACCACUAUUCUGGAAGAGCUCAGACAGUUGAUUAGGCAAAGCAAAACUGGCCCGACCGCUUCCGACACCACGGGAGUAUGUCAGCUGUGCAAAUGGAAACAAGGACCAGCACAUUCCGUACAGGUGUGCUGGGGGUGCGGGCAAAAUAUCUGCACACUUAUGACCAGGCAUAAAUGCAACUACAGAGAUUAUGAAACAUUUCAGGAUUACUGA